UGAGUAUUGUAACCACACUGUCAACUAUAAAUGAUCUCAGAUUUUUGUAUUUUGUGCCGAUAAUAAUUAAAAGUGUACAAUUCUCAAAUACUUUCAAUGGAACAAACAAAACCAUUUCAGUUAGUGGUGUUUGAAGGUGACUUUUCAUUACCAUCAGUGGACCCGGAAUGUAUAAAAUCGAUAUUGUACACUACAGCAGCAGGAGUUCCAGUAGAGGUUAAAUUAUUCAAUAAUAUAAAACAUUGUACACUAUUUUCGGCACCUUCAUUAGUACAUAAAAACGUACAAUUUAAAAGUUUCAGUGAUGUUGUGCUAUACUUGAAAACGUUAAAUUACUACCUAGAUGGAAAUUUGACUCCCAAAGAAGCCAGUGAAUCUCUUGCAUUAACAACUUUAGUUCAAUCCAAAUUGAGACCUCUUGUUGAAUACAAUUAUUGGGUUGAUGUUAGAAACGUGCAUGAACUUACCAAUAUUUGGUUUAUGAGAAGUCUUCCUAUACCAUUUAACUACAUUUAUACUAGAAAAUUCAAAGAUAGGGCAGCCAAUUUGAUAGAAACAUUACAUCCUGCUGAAACAAAUAGUGAUGUUAUUAAAGAAUUUUUGCAAAGGGCAGCUACAGAUUGUUUGUCAAACUUGUCAGCAAGACUGGGAAAUAGUGACUACUUUUAUGGUGAUUCACCUACCACCCUUGAUGUUACAGUUUAUUCAUAUAUAGCUCCUUUAUUAAAAAUCCCCUUUCCAUCAAAUGAAAUGAAGAAUGUUAUAACAAUGUGGCCAAAUUUAAUGAAUUUAGUUAAACGAAUAGACUCUAAACAUUUCUCAAAUUUGCCUAAAGGCUCAAAAUAUAUAAAAUUGGAGGAAAAAGUGAAAACCGCAGAUGAUGAAGUUUCAUAUAUCGCAAUUUUAAUUUUGACUUUGAGUGCAACAUCUUUAGUGUUGGGUUUUGCCUAUACUAGAGGAUUUUUAUCCCACAGAUUGUUGGAUUAAAAAUAAAUGUCUUGGUUGUUAUGUAUUUUUUGUGAAAUGUGAAUAUUUGAAGCAAUACUAGUAAUUUAACAGUAUUUCCGUGGAACUUUAUUAUUAGGUAUGCAUUUAUCAAUUACUCAAAUAAAACUAUUUGUUAAUGUAUUUGAGGUACAAAAUUGAAAGUUUUCCUUUUGAUUCAUUGUCAGCAGUAAAUAAUCAUUAUAACUUCAGAUUCACUAAUUGAUAAAUUGGUUUAUCCAUUCAAAAACUUUGUGUUUCACUGCUAGUACAAAAGAAAAGGGAGAAAUAACUAUUGCCAUAUGAAAUGUAGUUACCUAUUGUUUAUGUAGACUGAAAAAUCUGUGAAUUAUGAACUUUUCACAUUCGAAUUUUUAUAUAAAAACCAAAAAUUAGUACAUAUUAAAUUUAUGUUUAUUUA